AUGAUAGUGAGAGGAAAAGAGAGAGAGAGAGAGACAGCAGAGCAGAGAGAGAUCUGAGUGUGUCCCGGAGCAGUCGGAAAACUCACACUGAGAAGACCUGCAGCCAUCUCUGCUUCUCUGAGGUUUAUGGGACACAGGAUCACAGCAAAGAAGGCGGGCCAUACAGGAGGGAAAGGAAAUCACAGGGGCUGAUAAAUAGGGUCCAGUUUGUCUCCAUCUCUCUCUCUCCGUCAGCUCUCGUUCAGCAUGGAGCCCAACAGCCCUAAGAAAAUUCAGUUUGCUGUUCCACUCUUCCAGAGCCAGUUGGAUCCCCAGGCAGCCGAGCAUAUUCGCAAACGCAGACCUACUCCAGCCACAUUGGUCAUCUACAAUGAACCCAGUGCAUCAGGAGAUGACAAGCAGACUACAAGCAAUCAAACAGAGGCCCAGAGUGACCAGCUCUCUCCAGCCCAGAGGAAACAGAGCGUCUACACGCCACCGACCAUGAGAGGUAGAGAGCACAGCGAUAGCCAGCAAGAGGAACAAGAGAGUCAUCAUCCUCCGAAACUCUCUCAGAAACACCUGGACACAUUGUCUGAGGAACCUGGAGACCUGUCACCACGACGCAAAGACACACCGUACCAGCACCAGCCACCCUUCGUCCCUGGGGUAAAGAUGCUGAAAAACCAGACAGACCCUUCUUCACUUUUCCAGGAGGAAGAGGAGAACAGCGAGGAUCGGAAAGACAGUCACACAGAGUAACACUGCUUGAAUUACAUGAGGAAGUGAGGUCAUUUAUUAUACUGUUUGGGAACUGUUUUCCCUUUUUUAGUUUAACAUUUUUUGUUUUUCUUAUCCGAGUGGAAAUAGUUUGCGAGGAAAUUACACAGUAGUUUUUAUCUACAGUAAAUAAAUACAUUUACGCAGUACUAAGAGGUCCAAAUGUUGAGACAGCAAACUUUUAAACUUUAAUUGAUGAAGCAUAUAUAUAUAUAUAUAUAUAUAUAUAUAUAUAUAUAUAUAUAUAUAUAUAUAUAUAUAUAUAUAUAUAUUCAAAAUAGAGGCUUUUUCAGCAGUGAUCUCAACCUUUUUUCUCCCCACGCUAUAUUCUCUCGUAUUGUGAUUUAUUUCAUAAUAUAAACUUUAAUGUAGUUGUAUUUCAUCAUGAGUUGUAAUAUGAAAACGAAAGAAAACUUUUGCUCCGCAGAUGAUUUAGCAAUACACUGGGAGGAUUGCAAAGCCAAUGACAUCCUGCCAUAUUAUUUUUGAUCACCUCAUGUGGAAAGAGCCCGUUGCUUUGAUAUAACUUUCUCUGACAGAAGCAAUAUUUUUGUAGGAAUAUGGCUGUUUUGUAUGCAGACGUGACUCUGAAGUCCCACACGGCUGUUGUACAGCCCACCGGCUCUAUGACAUAAGUGUCUGAAGAGUGGGCAUUAUACAUGGAGUUAAAGCUUGAUACUGUACAUGCUAACAUUAUUAGAGUAUUUUAGAUCUUCUGCAACACACACACACACACACACACACUUUUUUCUUCCCCAAAAAUAAUCAGCCUGCAUUAAUGUGCUAUAAUACUGUCAGAAAGAGAUGGUUUUAUGAAAUGACAGGGCAGUUUUAUUUUUUGUGUAAAUGCUUUUAAAAUCUGUAGUAAAUUUGUGGACAUUUCAACAUCUUAUUGUUGACGUUAGUAGCAUAAUUAUAAAGAAAGUCUAAACAAUUAUAGCCAAAUCUCACAAAAACUAUGAAGAAAUGUAGGUACAUUUCAACCAAAAAAAAUCAUUUUUACUUUUUGUUGUUGUUGGUGGUGCAUGAUUUCAUUUUCAUUAUAAUGAAAAUCCCCUUUAAUAUUCAUAUUAAUGCAAGAAAAAGUGAAACUGCACAAUACAUCUAUACAUUUCUAUGUCAUGUUUCUAAGCCUUCUGUUUUGUGUUUGUGCUCAAUUAAAAUGAAAAUGACAUCAGUGCAAAAAAAUUAUAUGGUUCUUGAGACAAGACUUUUUUUUAUGAAAUGCAUCAUUAUAAAACAACUCUUUAGACCCAUUUCAUCUGAAAGGCAUUGAGGAGUUGAUUUCAACAGAUAUAUUCUACAGGUGUUUCUGUCAUCCCUGACUGAUAAAUGAAAUGCAGUAUUCUUUUUUUUUUAAGCUUUUCUGUUUAAUAAACUUUAAAUAAACUUACUUUCUACAAUUAAA